AUGGCCGACGACCUCAUAGAACCCUUGCAAAGAGUACGUUUCGCGGAUCCGCCUGCCGGAGCCAAUGCAUACAAGCUCCGAAAUGUAGCGGCAACAGCGUACGACUCCGAAGAAGAUGAAGAAGACGAAGAAUAUCCAACUCCAAGCGAGCCAUUUCGCUUCUUUGACUUACCCGCCGAGAUCCGCCUACGCAUUUAUCACUUUGCGCUGUUUACACCUCGGCGUCGCAACAGACAGACGAACGGCAAUGUUGGAGCCUCGUCGAGGAACCCAUCCCGUUCCCCUCAGUCGGACCGAAUUGCUCUAUUUCUCACUUCGAGACGAGUGCAUGAUGAAGCGUCUGAUUAUUUCUAUUCGACGCAAGCUUUUCGUGUCUUCCACAUCCAAGACUAUUCGCGGAUACCUACUAUCAGUGGAAUACCCACCAAAUAUCGCUCUUCUAUCGGCACGAUCGAGUUGAUACUUGGCUCUAGCUGGACCGCGCCGCCUCGCUCUUGGAGGGUUACCCGCCAACUAGGGUUGGAGGAGAUGACUCGCCUCCGACUAUUGAAGGUCUUUGUUGAGUGCGACCCAUCUCAUCCUGUCUUUAACGGCUUCCGCAUCUCCAAUAACUUCUAUCAAGAUUUUGCCGGCGGGUUGUUGCGGCAGAUCCUUGAGAGACUGCCACGCUUGGAAUUUGUUGAGUUUGAUGGAAACCCAUCUGUAAUGAAAGGCGGGGCGUUGAUGAAGCGACUACUGCAUGAAGCAAGAACAGCGGGCAAAAAAAUCGUCUGGGGCCCCCAGCGAGGGUGGACAGAUUAUGAUAAGGAGGAUAUGAUUGCCGAAAGAGUUGUCUACGGGUUGCAGAGUACGGCUAGAAGACCUCCAGUGACUUAUAUCAGGGAGAGCUCUUCCUUGUUCCAGGGAGUCGUGUAG